AUGCCUCACGGCACCGCGUGGGCCAGCAGCAAUAAUACAAGUAGCACAUCACAGCCGCAGCAUUACGUCGCGCCGAGCGACACCGCUACCAUCGACAACGUGCAUUCGGCGGGAACAUGUUCGUGCGUCGCUGAAGAUCAUUCAUCGCUAGGACAGUAUCGCCGACGCCAGAGCCAGCUCUCCAAGCUAGCAAAGUACGCUAUGACAGCCAACGGCCACCAGACUGAUCAUCGCCGGUGGAGUAACGAGUACGACGUCGUGCCGGAUGACAAGCAAGUGGAUAAACUACGGAAUGAACUCGACCGUACACUCAGCCAGCACCGCACCACGGCUGACGACAAUGUUCUCCACGCACCCUUUCGCACACAAUCCGACAACUUCGACGCACCUGCCGCACCUGGAGAUAUCAAGCGGCCACCGCGAGUUCGAAGCUCGCUCGGCGCCGCGCUGCAUGCUUCCAUACCUGAACUGAGAGGCGCAACCAUGGCAAUGAACGACACGCCCGCCACAACUGCGCCUAGCAGCCCGAAUCUGAACGGCAUGUCGUACGGUAACGAUGUCACCAAACCACCAACGCCGAUACGCCAAAUGUCUGGCACCUCGACACCGCGAGUGCGCCCAACUACCCUCGACAUCCCUGGUCUGACCAAGAGCAAGGUCUCGCCAGAUGGACGUAUCGCUUCGAGGGACGUCGGAUCCAAGCUGGUCAUUGUCAUGGUGGGCCUGCCAGCGCGUGGCAAGAGUUACAUCACGAAGAAGCUAGCCCGCUACCUGAACUGGCUACAGCAUGACACAAAGAUCUUCAACGUUGGUGAGAGGCGUCGUGUGGUAGCUGGCGGCCCCAACAGUCUGGAGAAGACCAAGAGCCAACAGAUACGAGACGAGCGCGAAGAGUCGCGCCGGCUGAGCCACCUCCCAGGUAUUGGUGGUAAUCAGGCUGAGCGCCAACACUCCGUUGCGCAGAUCAUCCUCAACGGCGACACGCAUUUGCAGCCACCGUCGACACCGCCUCAUAGCACUCCCACGACCGAAGCGCCAGCAUCAGAUCUUAGCGCGAAGCACGCCGGAGAUGAGCUCGAGGAAGACGACUUCCAGCAAAGGCCCGACGCGGAUCGCAAGCAGAGCUUAGCAACAAUCGUGCUAGCUAAAGAUGCGCCUGAGAUCAGUGAAAAGAAGAAGCAAGAGGAAGACGAGAGCCUGGAACAGAACUCAUCUUUCUUCGAUCCUCAGAACAAGAAGGCGGCACAAAUUCGAGAACAAGUUGCUCGAGAGACGCUCGACGAGCUGCUAGACUACAUAUUAUAUGGUAAUGGUAGUGUUGGCAUCCUCGAUGCGACCAACAGCACGAUGGCACGACGAAAGAUGAUCAUGGAUCGGAUCAGGGAACGAGCAGGGCCACAGCUGAAUGUGCUCUUCCUCGAGUCCAGCUGUGUGGACCAGGACCUAUUGGAGGCCAACAUGCGCUUGAAGCUGAACGGCCCCGACUACAGAGAAAUGGACCCUCAAAUUGCUCUCGCGGAUUUCAAGAAGCGAGUGUAUGAGUACGAGAAGGCAUACGUUCCAUUGGGCGAAUACGAGGAGAAGAACAACAUGCCCUAUAUUCAGAUGAUCGACGUGGGCCGAAAGGUGAUUAGCCACCAAAUCAAGGGCUUCCUGAUGGCACAAGCGAACUACUAUCUACUCAACUUCAACCUGGCGCCACGGCAGAUCUGGAUAACGAGACAUGGCUUGAGCAUGGACAACGUGUCCGGCAAGAUUGGUGGAGACAGCGAUCUUGCUCCCGAGGGACAGCAGUAUGCUAAAUCGCUUACUCGGUUCAUGGAGUAUCAGCGACGCGAGUGGGACAUCAAGCAAAUCGAGGCUUUGCGCAACACCCACUUCCCACCACAGCCUGGUGAUUCGACACCCCCCAACCCAUAUUACAACCCACAAUUGCCUGGCUCGGAUGAAGGUGCUUCGAUCAUGACAGACGCAACGGACCUUGGUUACGAACCAAAGGCUUUCUGUGUCUGGACGUCCAUGCUGAAGCGCAGCAUCCAGACUGCUCAGUAUUUCAACGAAGAGGAAUAUGACACCAAACAGAUGCGCAUGCUUGACGAGCUCAACGCCGGUGUGAUGGAGGGCCUGACCUACAAUUGCAUCUCGACUCAGUAUCCAGAGGAGUAUCGCAGUCGCAAGCAAGACAAGCUCCAUUACCGCUACCCUGGUCCCGGCGGUGAGGGCUAUCUCGACAUCACCAACCGUCUGCGACCAGUCAUUGUCGAGUUGGAGCGCAUGACAGACCACGUUCUGCUCGUUGGCCACCGCAGUGUGGCGCGUGUGCUGCUUGCAUACUUCCGUGGACUCAAGCGUGAGGAAGUCGCAGACUUGGACGUGCCAUUAGGCAUGCUGUAUUGCCUCGAGCCCAAGCCAUACGGCGUCGAUUUCCGAGUCUACAAAUGGGACAAAGCUAGCGAGUGGUUCUACGAGGUGCCCGACUUCAAGCUGAAGCGCGCAGAGGACGAUAUGAUGUAG